GCCGCCACUGGCCGGAAGUGACGCUCGAAGCGUUGGGCGAACGAACAUGGCUCGCGCCGGAAGUGGGCGAGAAGAACGCUGUGGCUGGGACUACCAAAAUGGGGAAACAAAAGAAAGCAAAGAAAUAUGCUGCCAUGAAACGCAUGAUCAGCCUCCGUGACCAGCGCAUCAAAGAGGCAGACCGAGCAAAACCUAAAGAGAAAAAGAAGGAUGAUUCCAGUGCAAUAAAAGAGAGAGAGGUCCCUAAAUAUCCUUCCUGUUUGUUCUUCCAAUAUAAUACACAACUGGGGCCUCCCUACUACAUCCUGGUUGAUACCAACUUCAUUAAUUUUUCCAUUAAAGCCAAACUGGAUCUGGUGCAGUCAAUGAUGGAUUGCCUCUAUGCUAAGUGUAUUCCGUGUAUCACAGAUUGUGUCAUGGCUGAAAUUGAGAAACUGGGGCAAAAGUAUCGUGUUGCCCUAAGGAUAGCAAAAGACCCACGAUUUGAACGCUUGCCCUGCACUCACAAAGGGACCUAUGCUGAUGACUGUUUGGUGCAGAGGGUCACUCAGCACAAGUGUUACAUAGUGGCUACUGUAGACAGAGACCUCAAGCGGAGAAUACGGAAGAUCCCAGGAGUCCCAAUAAUGUAUAUAUCAAACCACAGAUAUAACAUUGAGCGGAUGCCUGAUGACUAUGGAGCCCCCCGAUUUUAACCACGUGUUGAAAAGCAUCCAAGAUAUGUCUUGCUGGGUCCAACUGCCAAUUUUUACAACAUUGGGCCUGUUACAAGGUUCCUGUUUCUAAUUUAUUUCCUGCUGUGUUUGAAGCUGAACUGAUUUCUUCAAACUUGUCUCUUCGAGAAAAAUCAUGUGAACUGUACCCUUGCUGUGUGUUCCAGAAUAAAUAUUCAUUAUUGUUUAGAAA